AUGUCUUCUCCUCAUCACACGCAGGCGUAUCUUGACGCUGAUAAAGGUCCGACUAUUCUUGGGCUAGUCAUCGCCGUCUCUAUCCUGAGUACAAUCUUUGUGGCUGGUCGCGUGUACACUCGAAAGAGGAUCAUAGGGGCAUUGCACCUUGAUGACUGGUUCACAAUCAUUGCAGUGAUCUUCGAAUGGUGCCAAGUCGGUGUUACAGUUGUGGCUGUUAAGAACGGUAAUGGCAGACACUUCGAUCUUCUAAAUGUGACACAACAGCAGAAUGUCAUUCUAUACACCAUAUUGGGGUUCCCAUUUGGCGUCAUGGCCUUUGGGUUUCCCAAGCUCGCCGUCGUCGCGCUCAUUACACGACUUAUGAACCCCGGACGGUUACACAAGAUAUUUCUUUGGGUGCUGGCUGGAUGUUGCAUGAUGGGUUUGCUUGGGUGUAUCAUCAUUCUCUUUGCUCAAUGCUCGCCUGUCGAGUCUCAAUGGACAUUCUCGAUCACUGAUAAGAAGUGUUGGAGUCCUUAUGUUCUUGUCAACUUUGCCAUUUUUGCCGGCGCUUUGUCUGCAUUUACGGACUUGUAUCUUGCUGUGUAUCCCGCCGUGGUUCUGUUCCAUCUACAAAUGAACAAACGAAAGAAGAUUGCCUUGUCCUUUGCAUUGGGCAUCGGUUCAAUCGCUACUAUCGUAGCCAUUUACAAAUGCACCCGCCUGCCAUCACUCGCCAGUAAAGACUUCUCUUAUGAGACCUCUGACCUUGUGAUCUGGACUGUCAUCGAAGCGAGCACCAUCAUCAUCGCCUGCUGCAUCCCAGUCCUCCAACCCCUCGUAGACGCCCUCUUAGGUCGCCGAGCCUUCGGAUCCUCCCCUGGAUACAAGAACUACAACUCCUCCGGAUACCAAAACUACGGCAACUCCCGAACCGGCCCAAACAUUGAGCUUAGCGACAGUAGGAAACUGCGAAGCGAUGACCGAGGGAAUAUGACAAACGUAAAGUAUCUUGGGUCUGGGGCCGCGGAGCUUGACUCACAGGAAAGCAUAUUACGGCACGAUGGGACGAAGACGACGGACGCCCAUUCGGCGGAUGCUCACUCUGUCAAUGCACCGACUGAAGGUGAAGUUCCUCGAUAA